CUGCAGCAGAGCGGAGCGGUGGCGGGUCUGUGCCCUCGGCCUUCCCCCUCCCACCCUCCUUCCUCAGCUUCCCGCUCCCUCCCCCGCCCGCCCUGCGCUGCCAGCAGGGACUGCUGCCCGGAGCUCUUCGGAGACCUCAGGUGGUGGAUACUUAUUCUGUUGGGAAAUACAGCAAGAGUAUUUGUGAGCAGAAAGUAUGCCUCCCAAGUUCAAGCGCCACCUAAAUGACGAUGACGUCACUGGGUCUGUGAAAAGUGAGAGGAGAAAUCUUUUGGAAGAUGAUUCAGAUGAAGAAGAGGACUUUUUUCUACGGGGACCAUCUGGACCAAGAUUUGGACCCAGAAACGAUAAAAUUAAGCAUGUUCAGAAUCAGGUGGACGAAGUUAUUGAUGUAAUGCAAGAGAAUAUUACCAAGGUAAUUGAAAGAGGAGAGAGGCUAGAUGAACUACAGGACAAAUCAGAAAGCUUAUCGGAUAAUGCAACUGCUUUCAGCAACAGAUCCAAACAGCUUCGAAGGCAAAUGUGGUGGCGUGGAUGCAAAAUAAAAGCCAUCAUGGCUUUGGCUGCAGCUAUCCUUUUGCUAAUGAUUAUCAUUCUUAUAGUUGUGAAAUACCGUACUUGAUUUGAUGACAGAGAUCCUCAUUAAACAAGAUCUGGGACAAUAACAUUUAAAGAUUGCUGCAUAAUUUAAAUGAAAACCUAUGUAUAUAAUUUUCAAAUUUUCUUUUUCAAGAAACUAAAAGGCAAGUACCAAUUCAAAUUGGAGCAUUGAGAAUACCUAAUAAUCAUCUUUCCAACUAACAAAAUGUGUUUUGAAUAAGUAUAUUUGAUGCAAAAAUAACUCUAUUUUGCUUUAUUCCAAGGAUCUAAUUUGAAACUAGAUACUUGCCAGUUGUUGUUUGUAUAUAUAGUUAAACACUGAUGACGACAUCCCAUACUUGUGUUUUAGUGGCAUUAAAAACAGUAUUGCAUCAAAGUGAGAGUCAGUCUGGUAUGAGGAAGCCUAUGCAGAGUCCUGACUCUGCUGAGAGAGCUGCGUAACCAUCCUGUGCGUAUUGCAGGAGUGCCACCCCCUUCUCACAUUGCAGUUGCUUCACAGGCUGUCCCCUGUGUACGGAUUAACUAAAGCCAAGCAUUGUAAAUGUUUCUGCCUUCAGCUCUACCCGAAACAUUCCAGUAAACCUGACUGUAUAAGAAAACACGUGGUAAUCUUUUGGUAUUUGGAUUUUGAAAAUGGGAAAUUUAAACAGUGUGAAAAUCGUAAUAUGGUACAUAAAACUGGAGAUAAUAAACUCACUGGAGAAUGUCGUUGGAGUGUUGAAAAUGAACAAUAUGUAGCUCCCAGUCUUGGUCCAGUUGGUUGUCAGUUAAACUACAAUAAAAAGGGACUAAUUCUGAUGUGAGUAAGUGAAAUCUGCAGGUAAUUUUUCCUGGUUUAAUUUUUGUUAGUGGUUUCCCCUCUUUAACUAACCCUGUGCCAGAAGUGCUGACGUUAGCAGUCGAGCGCCUCCAGUGCCGCAUUCCUGUCUGGCUGACGCUCUUGAGGAGACAGAUGUUGCCAGUGUUCAGACAGCUCGUGGCAGUAAGUAGCCAACUGUCAGGAGCAUAGGUGACCUCACAUAAUCAGUCAGUAACUGACACCUAGGGGCCACCAUUGACACCAGCCUGCUCCUAUAACAAGAUGUGUUCACUGUAGAGAGUGUCGGCCCCUUAAUAUUGUUUAAACAAAGUGAAGAGGCCGCCUCAUGUACAGGGGAAAGGCAGAGACUGCAGGGACUCGUUCACGUGGACGUCUCAAGUUAGAAAUCGAGUUCACAGGGGUGGCCAUUAUAUGAUGGGGGAUGGGGGGUAAUGGUCCUGUAUAAUAGAUAUUACUUUUUGUGAUCAUUUUAAUUCAGAUGUGUAGAACAAUUUGGAUGUUUCUUUGUUUAAUUCUACAAUGGUUAAUAUUAACAGACAAAAUGUUUACAAUGGAAAGAAAUUUGAAAGGGUGGAAGCUAGAUUCAGUGAUAUCCUAGACAAGGUCUGAAUAUGAUUCCUGGAGCUUCCAGUUUGUUGUAUCCUAUGGAAAAUCGACUCUGGCCUUUUCAGUGCUUGUCAGUUCUGUACACAUCCAGCAUCUGAUGUGUUGGGUUUUUUCCUUAAAAUGACUCCAAAUUUCCAAUCUUCUUUUAAUAAAGUAUGCCACUUUUAAAGAAAUAAUUAUAAAAUCAUAGAAUUAUAAAAUUAAUUUUAAAAUAUUAAGUAUAAAAAUUUAUAUUAUUUAACUACUCAUAUAUAUAGUUGUUUGUAUUUAAAUUUAUCGCUUCUGAGGAAGCCAUGUUGGUAUGGGACUCAGGAUUUUACAGCAGUGUUGGCUUCAACCCAGCUUAUCGCUUUGCCCCUUUUGAUCUUACAUAAUCCUGAGACCUUAAAAUGACAUUGAUGUGAAACACUGGAAAUGUGGGUGUUUCGACAAUUAGAAGCUGAGAAGAUGUGUGAUAGCUCGCACCUGUAAUCCCCGUUCUAUGAGCACUGAAGUAGGAAGGUUUCCCUGAUUUUGAAGCCGUUCUAGGCUUUAUGGUGUGUUCUGGACUAGCCUGGGCUAUAGAGUAAGAACCUGUCUCUUUACAAUAAUAAUAAAAGCCAACCAAGCAAACAGUCAAAAGAGAAGCCAUUGUCAGAUUGACGCCAGGCCUACCUUCAUUCCCUCCUUAAUCAUUCUUUUUCUCAUUCAGCUCAGAUCAUCCUGCACUUGAAAAAAUGAAGUUUUACCACCAUCAAAACUAUCUUUAUUUAACAACAGUGAAGAUCAACAGAAAAAUCCAAGUAGCUUUGCUAAUGUUAGUUGAUGCCCAGUGAAAUCAGGUCACCACUGCCGUGCCUGACGCGUGCCCUGUGGUUUGUCUGUAACAGAGCCUCUUCCCUUGCAGCAGUCUGAUGAGUGGGCUCCUUCUCCAUCAUAACCCAGUGUUGUUGUUACCUGUGGUCCUAACAAAGCUCAUUGGGAAUUGUCCCAAAACUUUAUAAACUGGGAAACGUAUUGAUGAAAAGAAGGUCCAGUGUUGAUGAUGAGCUUGUUUUAAGUGGAGAAAAGGUAAUCACAUCAGGUACAGAGGUGCAUGAUGGCGUCCUGCCGACUGUCGUUUCAGUUCACUCCCGGGUUCUGUGUUAGGAAGUAAUGCUGGCCUUUUGAAAGCAGAAACUGGCACCUUUCUGCUCUAUAUGGCAUGUGGGUGCCCUGUGAAUGCAAACGCACACAUAGGGUGAGGCUCAGAUGUGACAAAAGCCUGACCUCUGUCCUUGCCACUUAACACCUGUUUUAUGUCCUGUUGGCACUGUAGCCCAAACAGACUUGUAUUUACUUUAUGGCUAGAAAAUAAGCAAGAAGUUUUUUUCAGUGUUGAAAACAAAUGUCAUUAGAUGUUCUUAGUUGUACCGAGUCAGAGUGUUCCUAAGUUAGGGACUGGACUACUAAUCAGAUUUUGUGUUUUCACAUAGAAAGGUUAUCGGAGUCAGUUUACUUUUCUGUGAGUGAUAGUAAGAGCGUGAGUCAGUUGAAACACAUUGGGAGGGGUUGCCAAAUAUCAGCAUAAAGACAGUGGCUCAGAAGAGGCAGAAAGGGCCCUCUUAGUCCAUAAAAUGUGCCCUCCUUAAACUGAUGUGGUCUGAGUCUAUCUUGUGUGUCUUGGGAUUUUUGGUUGGUGGGUGGGUUGGUUGGUUGGUUAGUUGGUUGGUUUUAGUUUUUUUGAAACACGGUCUCACUGUGUGACCCAGACUGGCCUCAGAUGCACAGAUGCAUCGGCCUCCCAAGUGCUGGGAUUGGAGGUAUGUCCCACCACACCCUGUAGCCUUUUUCUUUUUGGUCAAAGAAAGAAUCCUUGGGCUCAAGUGGUCUUUGCAACUUAGCCCCAGAAGUAGCUAAGACUACAUGUGGGCACCAGCAUGUGCUGAUAGACCUUCUUUUAAAGCCUGAUGUUAGUCUUACUUGGAUAUUUAUUUUCAUAUGUCAAGCAGAAUAAAGGGUGGGACACAUUUUUAUUCUGGCUAUUGUUUCAUUUCACAAGCUACUUAGAACAAGUUAGCAGGGAUGAGAAGAAAAACAUUGCUAGUCCAGUUGGCUUCAGCUUAUAAAGCAAGGGCCAUACCAUGUUGUGUCCCUCAACUCCAAGUCCCUGUGUGUGUGGCUGUGUCCCAAAGUGACACCGUGCUGGUGGUGUGUAAGUGAGGGCUGAUUUCCAGUGUGCGCUGAGAGAUGACAUGAUUGAGGUAGGUGAACCUAGAGAUAAAAGGGUUCUUAUAAUUGAAUAUAGAAAACUUCUGGUUUGACGGUGUUACAUUAGGUUCUUUUCACUUGAAAAGAUUUUGAAAUAAAAUCACAUAUUUUAAAGCUGUAAAUUGUAUAUGUCUGAGGAUUUAGUAAAAUGUCAGAGAUCAAUCUAUAAGAAAAUUUAAAUAUUGUUUUUAUAUCUUAGUUGUCUGUCAUUAUUUUAGAUCCCACAAUCCCUAAUUUAACCAUUUCGGCAAGUGCCUUUGACACUUAAGGAGUAUUGUGGGAGAUGAGCAAAUGUAGGUGCCACACCCCGUUUCCUGGCUUCUCAAUUCCUCGUGACAGUAUAUGUUUUACAGUGCUACAAAGUUCAGUCCUUUGUGUUCAUGUGAGAUUGUACUGUAGCCUUUCCAUAGUAAACAGCAAAAUAAACCAUUUGCAGAAAAUGAAAAGUAA